AUGAGCAGCCACGCCAUUCUUACAGAGUCAGAGUUCUCUGAGGAGGAGCAAGAGAGGACUCUGCUGGGUUUGGAGGAGGAAGAGGAGAACAGUGACAGCGAGGACAGUGAGGCUAUUUCAAAGAAGUCUUCCCCAGAGAGCGAGGGGGGCACGCCUGGCAGCUGCCAGGAUGAGAAGAGACCCAGUCGCCCCGUCCGCUCCAAGUCCCGUCCCGCCGUGUGGCCGCCAAUGUUCAUUGCCACUCUGAGGCGUGCCAUCAAUCGCAUCUCUUCGCUGACCGUCUUCCUGCUCUCCCACCCCAGCCCUAGCACUCUGCCAGGAGGACAGACACCCUGCACCCACACAGAAUGCCUCAGAGCGCAGCCCUCGGCUGGGAUUGGAGAGGCCAUGCUGGACCUGGGGAAGGACAGGGAGAGAGACAGGGGCCUCCAGACCCCGGUGGAGACUUACUGUCUGCAGUGUAAGCCUCAACACCACCAGCUGUCCCUGCUGGAUCACGGUGCCCACAAGUCUCCCAUCACUCUGCUUCCAGAGCUCCAGCUCUAUACAGACACCUCAGGAGGGGGACACCCCAGCCCAUCGUGCUUGCCCUCCCCAUCCUAUGCCCACUUCUCCACCACUGAGACCCAGCUCUACACACCCUCGCACCCUCACAAGGACUUGAGCAGCCCCCCGUACUUCAACAGCUGUGAGUGGAGAUGGGGGUCAGGGUACCCAUUUGGAAUGAGGGCCACCUGUCACCCGUACCACACUGAUAGCUUCUCAGACUCCUAUCCUGCCGUGCCCUUCAAGUGGCAGCCGGGUUACCUGCAAGGAUCAGCUGGCUAUCAACAGUUCCUUACAAUGUACUGA